UCCCCCAUUGACUUCCCACACGGAAACAUCGCCCGUUUUGGGGCCUUGGCCGCCCUCGUGCCGCCAUGCCGAAACUCGCAGUGCUCAAUGAAGCGGAGGAGGAAAUCCCAGAGGGCGCCAACUCGGCGGAAGUGGUGGUGGGCAUCGCAGACAUGAUUGGCAUCGACAUCGUGAACGAACCUCAGUUUCUGUGGAUCGCGGAGGAGGCGUCGCGGGCUCAUCUUCCACCGGACUGGAAGGAGCUCACCAAUGAGGAUGGAGAGAUCUUGUACUACCACACGCAAGAGCGGAAACUCCAGAAGGUUCAUCCGUUGAUCUUGCGAUAUCAAGAGGUCUACUUCAAGGCCAGGAGUUAUACCAAGCAGCUGGAGAGUGGUCAGAUUGGCCACCUGUUGGAGCAGACCGAUGCCAAGAUGGCCGCCAUCACUGCCUCGGUCAUGGGACGAGCCUCCAAGGGCUUGCCUCCAGCGACUCCAGAAGUGGUGGAAAGCCUGGCGCGAGUUCUUAGCGUGGACAGCAAGAAGGAGUUCUUCCUCUUCCGUGUGGUGAAGCAAACGAUCGAGGCCUACGUGGAGAAGAAGUUGGAUCUCAGUAGCAUCGUGCAAGACCUGAAGGAUCCCAUCGAAUUCCUUCGGCAGAUCCGAAAGAAGCAGAAUCAGGUGGAUGUGAUUCGGAAGCCCAGCACGGUGGUCAUGUGCCAGGAGUGCGAAAACCGUGCGGCCGUGCUGAAGUGCGAGCAGUGCAAGGACUAUUUUUGUCAAGACUGCUUCAACAGUACUCAUGCCACAGGCAAACGACGUGCUCACAUCACCUCAGAUGUGGAGCAGCUCGUCUGUGCCGCCUUUGAGGAUCGUGUUGCAACCUGUCAAUGUGUGCAGUGCGGACUUUUCUACUCCGAUGAAGGCUUCAUGCAUGUUCAUGCCUGGGAUGCUGCGCGGCCAGACUUGCGAAAUCACCUGAAGCGUGUCAUCAAUGGCCUCGUGUGCUUGGAGUGUGAGCACUACAAUGCUUCCGUGCUUUGCGAGGAUUGUGUGGAUUUGUUCUGCACCGAGUGCUUCAUCCGCUUGCACCGCAAGGGGAAGCGCCGUCAGCAUGUGCAUCUCACCAUCGACAACACGGGUCAGAUCUUCCGGGGUGGCUUCUUGGUGCCUCCUGAGGAGGCACAGGUGCUGACGGAUCGACCCAGAUCCACCGUGGAGACGGGGCCAUGGGUGCCCUUCCGUGAUGACGAUUUGAAUGUCUAUUGGUACCACUUAUGUGAAAAGAGAUCUGUCUCCCAGAGCCCAGUUGAUCCAGUCACUGGGGUGGACGCUGCAGUUGGCGUUGACCCCCUGCCGGACGAAGAAGAAGAAGCUGAGUGAGAGAGUGCUUCACGUUUCACACGCACAACUUGCGUUUCACAGGUGAAUUCGUGACUGGAAGCUAACAAGAAGACAAGACAA